AUGAAGAUGAGAACUACUGCAGAGAGCAAAGAGCAAUGGCUCGCAUGGUGGAGAGCAACGGCUCGAGAAGAGAUUUUCACUUGUGAUAAGUGUAAGAGGGAGAGCAAAGACAUCGAGGAGAGUGAGGUUGCUCAGUUACUGGUGGAGUUGCCCACCAAGACCUUGAGAAUGGAGCGUUCUUUUAGGUUAAUGUGCAAGGACUCCCCGGCGGAGAUCCGGCUUUGUUUCGAGGGUUGUCGGUCUGUUUUCUCCCGUGAGCUGUGGAAGUGUACAGGUUAUGUUCCAAAGAAGUUUAACUUUAAGUACAGAGAGUUUCCAUGCUGGGAUUGCAUUGAAAAGCCUUGA